UUAUGGCUAUGUUGUUGUUUUGUCCACCAUCCAUAGAAAUUGUAUUUACUUUCACUUGCGAAACAUCUUUAAUUCUGCUAUUUUCAUUGUGUUUUAUUAGUAAACAGUACAAUUUAAUUGCGUAUUGAAAAGAAUAUGAGUGAUGCUCAAUGUAGUGCAGCAUUAGAAAAAGACUGUGCAGUUUGUUUGCAAAAAUGCCAUCACCCUACCCAACUACCUUGUGGACACAUCUUCUGUUUUCUUUGUGUAAAGGGAGUUGCAAUUCAGAGCAGGAAAUGUGCGAUGUGCAGAGCAGCCAUCCCUCCAGACUAUUUGGACCAUCCAGUUCUAUUAGAGAAAUUAACUCAAAGCAAUACUUACCAAGAGAAUGGGACUGAUGAGCACCAGUGGUAUUAUGAAGGAAGGAAUGGUUGGUGGAAGUAUGAUGAGAGAAGCAAUGUGGAGCUCGAAGCAGCUUGGAGUGAGGGGGAGAUGGAGUGUCUGUUGCUGCUGGCUGGAGCCCUCUACUGCAUAGACUUCUCCACGAUGAUACAGACUCGACAGAGCGACCCGACGCGGCGCCGGCGCGUGCGCCGCGAUGCACCCUCACUGCCAGCUAAAGGAAUAGCAGGGAUUAAAAUUAUUGAUGAAACAAAGACUGAACCAGAGGAAACCUCCAACACAAAUGAGCAAAACCAACCAGUGGCUGAAGUUAUAACAUUAGCAGAUGACAUCCAUGUUGGUGAUCAAGAGCUAGUAAACAUUAUACAUAAUGCUGACCAGAAUUCAGCAGAGGUGAUACAUCUAGCUGAUGAUGACUCAGAUGUUGUAUUCAUUUCUGAACAACAAGAGGCUGAUGUCAUCUAUCUUGCGGACAGCACUGACAAUGACACUUCAGUAGAUGAGAUUGAAGCUGUUGUUGAACAAAUUAAUGCUUUAAAUUUCAAUCACAAUUUAUCUGACCAAGAAGAUUCUUUAUAAAAUAGAACAUGAAACAUAUUCAAGCUGUUUCCAUUCUGAGUAUUAAUGUAGAAAUAUGUAGCUAGAAUCUCUAAUAUGUAAAUAAUGUCAUUUGCAUCAGAGGAAUACUGCAAAGACUAGACUAAUUUUGUCUAGCACAUUUAAUUUUAAGUUAUUUAUGUUAUUACUAAAAGUUACUGAAAUAACAGAUUUAUUGUAACA